UCAGUUUUUUAUCUUUAGAUGAUAAUUAUUCUAGUUUUGCUAUUCAGAUUCUGAUUUAAUUUCAAUUUGUUGUGAAAGAUCAUCUGGUCGGUGACAGUUCCACUAGUUGGACACAUUCCUAGGAAACAUGUCUGCCUGCCCUGUUCAAGACCAGGGUGCCCUUUCUUGUACUAGCAGCUCAAAUCUGCUGUUUGAUGAGAAAUCUGCACCUAGUUCUCCUAAAAUAGCUGAAGUGUGCUUUGGAGAUGGAAGUGAUGUAUUUACAGAUAUGAAAUCCUCCAUGGGAGAUAGUCUGGAUGGCGAGGAGGAGGAAAUCUGGAAUUCCUCAAAUCUGAACAUAGACGAGAAAAUAUGUUUGGUGGACCUUCUGCACUGCAAGACUCGCCAGAUGAAGAUUAAUGCAGAUCUGCAGAAUGUUCUUUACGCUCAUGAGGACUCAAAUGCUAAUUUGGAAUUGGAAAACAAAUCUCUGAAAGAUCAAAUUAAAAGUAUGAAGCCGUCCGUUCUGGAUGGAGGAAAGUUAGUGCACAACAUGGAUGAUAUUCAUGCUGCACUUGCUGAGAAGGAGAGGGCCACACGUAGCCUUAUGGCCAACAUCAGAAAGCUGGAGAAGGAGAACAAAACCAUGUAUGGCCAGAUUGCAGCCAUCAACGAUGAGAUAUCUGCUAUUUUGCCAAAGAGAGAAACGGACCAGAAGAAAAUAACAGAUCUGAGUCAAAUCGUGCAGACUUUGGAGCAAAAACUGCAGGAGAAGAGAUUACAGCUCGCCGAAAGAGAUGAAAUAAUUCACCAAAGAGACUGCAUGAUUGACAGUCAGAAAGCUUCCUUAAUGGAGCUCAACACAACUGGAGAACAACUAAAAAGUAACAUUAAGGACCUGGAGAGCCAGUGGGAAUUUGAAGUUGUUACUGAAGGGGGAAGUUUCCUAAACCUGGACGGCUCUUUCUCCUUGGCCCCAACGAGCCCUCUCUCUCUUGCUGAAGAGUUCAGCAUGAUACCUGGAUUGCUGGAGAGCAUGGAUGCACCUCAGCACCCAGACAAUCCUGAAGAUGAGAUAGGAGACGUCAGCCAGCAGGAGGUGGAAGUAGGUGUCACCUGUGAAAAAGUCAAGGAGGUGAAAACAGACCUGGCAGAACUCAAGGCCAUGGAGGUGAAGCAAGCACAGCACAGCGAGAACAGUGUCAGCUGGCUGGGUGAGGCCUGGGGGCACUUUAAAAGAGGGGCCUGGGUUGGUGCUGCUGUCGGACUGGGUGUUCUGCUGCCCCUGAGUCUCCUCAGUUUGGCCACACCCUCCUGCUCCACCAUCCCCGGCCUGGACUGUAUGGAUGUCCUGUGGACCACCGCCCGCCAUAUCGUCCAGCCGUACUGCGAUGUUCAGCAUUUUGGCAUGCCACCCUUUUAACUGGAUUGAUUUAUUAAUUUCCUACUGAUAUUUGAUUGAUCAAUUGAUAGCUUGACAUGUGAUUGAUAUUGGAGUGAUAGCUUGAUUCACUCAUUUCACUCACUCACUCAUCAUUCAUUGUUUAAGAAUAGAGAGAUGACUUACUACAGGCUGACAUCACACUUUGACUGAAUGACUGACAGCAUUUCUUUGAGUGACAGAAUCUCAAAUAAAGUUUUUUUUUUAAAAAAUGCAUUGCCUUAAUCAGUAUGAUAUAUUGCCUAUG